ACUAUGCAUUGUUGGGUAGUAAUGGAAAGUAAUUGGCAUUCGUUUUACUUCCAAACACUAUGUGUUUUGGUUUGCUCUAUUUGCAAUGCUGUUCCACAAAGGGAUCUUCCAGCUCAAAAUCUUCAAGCUCUGAUGUUCCAACAAACUGACCAGUGGUUUCAGCAGCCAGCUCAACCAACUAAUCUGCAGUUUCCUCAGAAGUUUCAGCAGCCAGCUCAACAGACUAAUCCGCAGUUUCCUCAGAAGUUUCAGAAGCCAGUUCAACAGACUAAUCAGCAGUUUCCUCAGAAGUUUCAGCAGCCAGCUCAACAGACUAAUCCGCAGUUUCCUCAGAAGUUUCAGAAGCCAGUUCAACAGACUAAUCAGCAGUUUCCUCAGAAGUUUCAGUUUCAGAAGCAAGUGACGAAGGCAGAGCCUUUGGACAAAUGUGCUGUAGCUGAUUAUGAGCAGAUCCAAUGUGGACAACCUGGUAUCAGUGGUGCUGAAUGUGAAGCUAUCAACUGCUGCUUUAACGGACAGCAGUGUUACUAUGGGAAGGCAGUGACUGUCCAGUGUAUAAGAGAUGGUCAGUUUGUGGUAGUGGUGGCUAGAGAUGUUACGCUGCCUCGACUGAGUCUGGAUUCAGUCCAUCUACUGGGUGGAAAUGACCCACCUUGCAGUCCUGUGGGGUCCACACCUUCCUUUGCUGUAUACCAGUUCCCUGUGACCGCAUGUGGUACAAGAAUGAUGGAGGACCGUGGUUAUGUGGUGUAUGAGAACAGAAUGACCUCCUCGUAUGAAGUGGGGAUGGGACCAUUUGGUUCCAUCACAAGGGACAGCCAUUUUGAGUUUCUCUUCCAGUGUAGGUACUCUGGCACUUCUGUAGAAGCUCUUGUUGUGGAGGUCAACACUGUUCCUCCACCUCCACCAGUAGCUGCCCCUGGACCCCUCAGGGUGGAGCUUAGACUAGCCAAUGGCCAGUGUGUCACCAAAGGGUGUGCAGAAGGGGAUGAGGCCUACACGUCCUACUACAGUGAUGCUGAUUAUCCGGUCACAAGAGUCCUGCGGGAGCCUGUGUAUGUUGAGGUGCGCAUUAUGGAGAGGACAGACCCCAACAUUGUCCUCAUGCUGGGACGCUGCUGGGCAACUUCAACCCCCAGUCCACUCAGUCUACCCCAGUGGGACCUUCUGGUUGAUGGGUGA